AUGUCAUUUGCACUGCUCAAUAUCAGUACAGUUUGGGUCCCGGCUGGUGACUCUGAAUUCAGUCGUCACAUUAAAUUCUUUAUUUUACUAUUCACUUUGAUGUUAUCGGUUCCAUGUAGUUUCUUUCUACUUUACCAUAUUCUUCAUAACCGCAACGAUCGACAAGCAUUGCACAAUCAUGUCAUGAUUGCCAUCAUUCUUAAUGGUCUCGCCAUUGUUCUAAUUGAUUGUCCAAUUAUUCUUAAUUAUCUUUACACGGGUACGUCACUGACAACUAUAGCCGGUUGCUACUUUUGGAAUUUUGUCGAUAUCUGGUUGUAUGGUUUAAUUUCUUUGCUAUUGCUUUGGGCAUCAAUUGAAAGACAUAUUCUAAUCUUUCAUGAUCGACUGAUCAACUCCAGAGCGCGACGAAUGUCAAUGCAUUACAUUCCACUGUUUAGUGUUUGUAUUUAUAUGACCGUAUUCUAUGUGGUUGUCAUAUUUUAUCCGUUAUGCGAGAACCAAUUUGACUCCAGUCGAGUCGUUUGUGGAGGAUUAUGUUAUAUAACAGAUGUGGUAUGGCUUAGUUUCUAUGAUCAACUGAUGCACAGUACCAUUCCUGCUCUGCUCAUCAGCGUUCUUAACAUCGUCUUAUUGAUUCGAGUAUUUCGGCAAAAACGAGUUCGUAUGAGACAGAGUGUACAACGACAAAACUACUAUCGAAUGUUCUUACAAUUAUUUCCUGCAUCUAUCUUAUAUAUCAUUGGCAUUGUUCCAUUCGGAUUACUCAAUUGCAUUCACAUGUUUGGUGCGUGGACUGAUGCUGGCGUGUAUGUGCAAGUACAACUCUUCUAUUCAUUCUAUUUUAUGGCUGCUCUUCUGCCAUUUGUUUGUUUGUUGGGAAUGCCAAAUCUUUAUUCGAAAUUCUCUUGGAAACGACAAGUACAUAUUGCCCCAACUAUACUAAGACAUGGGUGA